AUGAAUUCAGGCUUCAGAAUUUGCCACGCCACGCCAUCGCUUUGUGCGUGUUUUGCCUCAACCGGAUCCCGACAAAGUUCCGAGCAGCGCAGCCCUGCACAAUGCCCUCCGGAAGCUGUGAGACUCGUUGUCUCCAGGUACCCUUGCCGUGAGGCCAUCGUGAUCAACGGUGGGGCCGGGUUUAGCACGACAGGCGACGUGCGCGACAGCAGGCUCGGCCUUUCCAUUCCCGUCAUCCUUGCCGGUGUAGUGGAAGGCUCGACGUCCUGCCACCACGGCUGGAGGCUGACCGGAGAGUUGCCUGGAGGGCGCUUCAAGUACAGCUACCGCCAGCCCAGUCCCAACAAGUGGGGUCUCCACUUCCUAGACAUUGACCUUGGUACCUCGCAUCGACCGGCGGUCGACAUCUCACUCGUCACUGGGCAGCAGGCUUAG